CCUUACUCGGCAGAUAAUAUAUAAUUGUUUUUGUGCGUUUUCUAAAUCACUCGCAAAAGUUUUAUGUGUUGUUGUGUUAGUCCUAUUGUCAAUGUUGUGAUUUUAGUACACAAUGUUAUUAAUUACUAAUCAUUUCGCUUUGAAAUGCCAACUGAACUAAUCUAACCUGAACCGGUCAUAUUUUUAUCAACAUUUACAAUAAGCAUGGGUGUAACAGUAUUACAACAGUAUCCAGUGCCAGAGAAUAAGACGGGGACUUUUGUAAUAGAGCUCCUGACAAGGCGCCUGCUAGCUUUGGGAGCUACGCAACAAGGGCAGUUCCUAGUGGACUGUGAAAGCUACCUGUCUCAUCCGCAAAUGGGCACAACAAAAACAGUCCACAUCCUCCACAACUCAGAACAGCCCGCUUCUGUCUUCUCCAUCCUAGAGAGUGGCACGAAGAACAUCCAUGUUAUUGCUGAUGGUCUAUUUGAUCUACUGAUGAUGAAGCUCUCUCAACACUAUACUUCGAAAAAGCAGACCAAGAUUGAGAGCAAAGGGCCGAGGUUUGAGUUGGGAGAUUUCUGUGUAAAACUUGGAUCUGUUAUGAUGAAUCAGACUUUUAAGGGGAUCCUUAUUGAGGUUGAAUACAGGCCCUGUGUCAUGGCGAACGCCGUCUGGGGCCUUUUACGGGAAUUCCUUCAGGGCCUGCUUGGCCCCUCGGUGCCCGUGACCCCACCGCAACACCUCCUAAGCCGUAUGCAUGAGAUAUACACCCCUAUUGACACUAUUCAUCAGUAUCUUGAGCACUUUAGCCAGUAUAGAAAACUCACAGGGCUCCGGAAUGCUUAGUUGUAUAAUAGGUUU